ACAUUGAUCAUAAUUCCUCUCAUGCUAACAUCAUUCCACAAACUGAUGACUCACAACAUAAUUUGCGAAAAUGUCAAUAUAAUCCUAGCUCAAAACAACCCUCUCUUGGAAAAAGUCAACAACCAUCUUCAUCUUCCAAAGGAUCAUCUUCCAGUACUUCUGGAAAACAUCAGGAAAACAAGCACAGAGUUUUGAAUAUGGAGAUUUUAAGUAUAUGA